AUGCGCUUCCGUGACGAGCCAAGGCCUCUCCCCAGGGCCACCCGGCAGCUGACACGGAACCCCUCUUGCCCUCACCCUUGCCGCACUCUGCAGCACUCGAUAAGCUCAUAUGCGCCUGGUGCAAUGGCCAAGGAGAAAGGCUUUGUAGCCACCUCCAGCACGGACGAAGCCCAGGUGGGCACCUGGAGGCUGCAUCGCCCACACGGCCUCAUCUUGGCCCAGUUUACCAGCCCAGGGCCCAAGUAUGCCAUUCCCGGGACAACAGGUUACCUGGGGCACAAUCCCACUAAAACAAAAGCCCCCGUGUGCGCAUUUCAACGGGCCAAACCACCUGUGGAGGACAACUGCUCCCCAGGUCCUCGCUAUUACGUCCCACCUUCCAUCACGAGGAACGGGAAGUAUGUGCCUCCAGCACAGCACAUCUGUGGACUUCCCAAGACAAAGACCGAGAUCACCCCCGGACCGAGCGACUAUUCCACCGAGAAGGCCAAUAAACACCUAUACAAAUGCGCCUCGGCACAGUCGAUGGCCUUCAGGCACAAGGCCUUUAAAACUGACCAACCCCCAGGUCCUGGUGCUUACACCCUCCCCAGGCUGGUGGGACCGAACACAGCUUACACCCACGCCAGCCCGUGCUACUCAAUGAGGGGGAGGAGUAAGCACAAUGACUUCGCUGAAGACCUCUCCAAGACGCCAGGUCCUGCUGCGUUCGCCACAGUGGAUCUGGAUGUCUACACAAAAAGGGCUCCAAAGUACACCAUGGGAACCAAAACUAGCCUUGGAAGAGACAAAACACUGAAGCCGGGGCCAGCAGAUUACUGCAUAGGCAAGGUAACAUUGAUUAAGCCCCAGGCACCCGCUCCCACUUUUGGACUACGCCAUUCCCUCUACAGUAUCCCUCUAUUACUUCCC